GCAGGGGUUGGUGAGGCUGGGCGAGAGUCGGGAUGAGGAGUCAGGCGCGGCUCCUGGGGGAGGGGGGUUCUGUCUGACUGGGAUGGCAUUUAAAGGACGGAAGGAGGGUUUGGGGGGAGCCCCCGGCACGGGGGUGGCACAGGGAGGUCCGAGGGUUUUCCAACCCCUGCAUGGCCUCAGCCCCAUCCCUUCCUUUCCCCCAGGCCCACGGAGCCACCACAAUGAGGCUCUACAGCCUAAGUGUCCUUUACAAAGGUGACCCCAAAGUGCAUUUGCUCAAAGCUGCGUAUGAUGUGUCCACCUUCAACUUCUUUCAGAGAUCCAGUGUGCAGGAGUUCAUGACGUUCACGAGCCAGCUGAUUGCAGAGCGCUCGGCGCUGGGCAGCAGGGCCUCGGUCAAGGAGCAAGAGUACCUGUGCCAUGUCUAUGUCCGGAGUGAUGGGCUUGCUGGAGUGGUGAUCGCAGACAAUGAAUAUCCACAGCGGGUUUGUUUCACCUUGCUGGACAAGGUGAGGGUGUGUGCUGGGAACUGCUCCAUAAGGCUCCUCCAGUCUCCCUGCCCUAGCACACGCAGGGCUUUCUUGGACAGUCAGGGCUUGCCACCUCAGCCUGGGCAUUGGUCUGGUCCUCAUUUGCCAAGACUGUUUAUGUCUCUGCUCUCAGCUCUUUCAAAAGGGGUGGAGGAGGAGGGUCACCAAAGUGGUCAGAGGGCAGGAGCACCUUUCAUGGAAUUGUGGAAUUGUUUUGGUUGGAAAAGCCCUCCAAGACCAUUGAGUCCAACCAUUCCCCCGCCAUGGUCAAGGCCACCUCUAAACCAUGUCCCCAAGUGCCAUGUUCACAUGUUUUUUUUAAUGCUUCCAGGUAUUCCACCACUGCACUGGGCAGCGUGGACAACCUUUUCCAUGAUGGAAUUUUCCUAAUAUCCAGCCUGAACCUCCCCUGGCUCCGCCUGAGGCCGUUUCCUCUCCUUCUGUCCCUGUUCCCUGAGAGCAGAGCCCGACCUCCCCUGGCUGUCCCCUCCUGUCAGGGAGUAGUGCAGAGCCAGGUCUCCUCUGAUCCCCCUUUUCUCCAGACUGAGUCCCUUUCCCAGCUCCCUCAGCCACUCCUGGGACUCUAGCCCCUUCCCCAGCCUCCGUUCCUGUAUCUGGACAUGCUCCAGCCCCUCAAUGUCCUUCUUGACAUGAGGGGUCUAGAGCUGGACACAGCACUCAAGGGGCCUCAGCAGUUGCAGCACAGAGGAUGUCACUGCCCUGGACCUGUGGCCACACCAUGGCUGGUACAGGCCAGGGGCCACCUAGGCAUACCUGGGCUCAUGUCUAGCCACUGCCACCAGCACCUCCAGGUCCUUCACUGACAGUUUUCCAGCCACUGCCAGGGAGACAAGCUGGGAGACCUGGGUUGUCCAGCCUAGAGAAGAGAAGGCUCCAGGGAGACCCCAGACCCCCUUCCAAUACCUAAAGGGGCUCCAAGAGAGCUGGAGAGGAACUUGGGACAAGGGCCUGGAGUGACAGGACAAGGGGGAACGGCUUCCCACUGCUAGAGGGUAGGGUUAGAUGAGAUACUGGGAAGAAGUCCUUCCCUGUAGGGUGGUAGGGACUGGCACAGGUUUCCCAAAGAAGCUGUGGCUGCCCCAUCUCUGGAAGUGUUCAAGGCCAAUUUGGGCAGGGCUUGGAGCAGCUUGGUGUAAUGGAAGGUGUCCCUGCCCAUGGGAGGGGUGUGGAUGACCUGUAAGGUCCCUUCCCAAAA